AUGAAAACAAAUAUAGAAUUGCAACGAAUGAAAUCGACGAGCAUAUCUCACGAUAAGGGACGAGAUAGUAGACAAGGAGAUUCCCCUAGCAUUAAUCCCGACAAGUUAUAUAAUCCAGCAAUUGAAUAUGAUGAGUUAAUGCUGAAAUUUAAGGAAGAAUUUAAUAAAGUUUGGGACACACCAAGAACAUCACCUGACAAUGGUCUUGAGGGUUUUGAUGAAUUGGUUACCUUGGGGGCUGGGUCAUUUGGUCGUGUGAUAUUGGUUAAAAAUCGUCAAACUGGUAAUUAUUAUGCGGUGAAAAUACUAAUCAAAGAUCAAAUUGUGAAAACCAAACAAGUCACUCAUGUUCACACGGAGAAAAGAGUUUUGGCUGCAAUACGCUUUCCCUUCCUAAUACAUUUGGAAUUUUCCUGCAAAGAUUUUGAUUACCUUUAUUUGGGUUUGCCAUUUGUAAAUGGUGGCGAAUUGUUUACUUAUCAUAGGAAGGUGCGCAAGUUCAACGAGAAGCAGGCGAGAUUUUAUGCAGCCCAAGUAUUCAUGGGUUUGGAAUAUUUACAUGGCAUGAGUUUGUUAUAUCGCGAUCUUAAGCCCGAGAAUAUUCUUAUCGAUUCCAAGGGUUAUAUCAAAAUUACAGAUUUUGGAUUUGCAAAGAAAGUAGAAGGUCGCACCAUGACAUUAUGUGGCACCCCGGAAUAUUUAGCUCCAGAAAUCAUACAAUCCAAACCAUAUGGCACAAGUGUUGAUUGGUGGUCUUUUGGUAUAUUGGUCUAUGAACUUGUGGCGGGAAAUUCACCCUUUUCACCACACAACAAAGAUGUCAUGAUGAUGUAUACGAAAAUUUGUGAUGGUGAAUACAAAAUGCCAACAUUUUUCAGUGCACCACUUAAAGAUUUCGUCGAUCAUUUGCUGCAGGUGGAUCUAUCAAAGAGAUUCGGCAACUUGGUGAAUGGAAACAAAGAUAUAAAAAACCAUGCAUGGUUUAAAAAUGUAGAUUGGUAUGGACUGCUGAAUCAAGAUUUUGCAGCACCUUUCGUACCACGUGUUGCCAAUAUGGAAGAUGUGUCAAAUUUUGACAGAUUUCCAGAUCCGAAACCCUUGCACCGAUCUAAAAAUAAUCGGCACGCAGAAUUGUUUAUUGAUUUUUAA